ACACAACACGAGCGUCUCCAAGCUCAGACAUACAUGUAAUAUAUGAUCAACCAUUACAAGGUUACCUACUAGCUAGUACCACCCUCACAGUAACAACAACGACAAGAGCAAAUACUGAUGAGAACUCCAACGCCCCUGAACACUACCGGUAUUGUGGGUUCCCAACAGCAAAGCUUGGAUAAAGAUCGUCAAGUAUCUCUGGUGCUGGAUCACUUUCAGGCGCAACCGGCCUUUUUGCGUUCCGAGAGUCCCACUGCCCGUCGUCUGAAUAAGAGUCCUUCUGCUGCCAAGAAACGAAACAAACAGACCAAUGGGAAUUUCUCGAGCAUUCACUACCAAGACAAGGCGCUGAGUCUCGUGUAUCAGCAUUACUGUGGAUAUCGCCUGGAGUUUGGUAUACCCGUCAAUAUCACUAGCCCAUACAAAAUUCAUUUCGUCCCCGACAAGUACUACAAGGAGAAAUGCGAAUGGAUGGACCACGAAAUGAUUGAAUUGUGUCAACGAGUCAAUGCCGAAGAAUGCGCCUCCUUGUUUUCCACAGUCUCCAAAUUACUCUUGGAACUUGGCAAGUUGACGGUGCCACCACCACCACAACAGCCCUUCUUACCCAAUAAUGACAGAAAACACGAAAUUCGACGCUUGUGGGCGCACAAGAGAACCGCCUGGGAUUUGCCGCUCUUUUUGAUGAGAUGCGCCGCCACCAGUCAAAAGAGUUCUCGUUUGUGCACGCCAUUUCCCUUGGGCUACGAACGACAUCCGGCAUUUGUCCUGCAUCACAACAAUAUUCGAGACACGGCCUUGCAACAACCACAACGAACAUGCGACGAAGCCUCCCUCGUGUCCUUUCUGUCCUCGCGCCAAUGGACGGAGAAAGUUAAACUCGCCGUAGACGACAAUGUCUCGACCAAAACCAAUACCAAAGCCAUUCAAGUGACACUGGAUUUGCGACAUGACCCGACGCCUCAUUUUCAACAAUUGGUACACCAGCGAGGCUCCGUUAAAGCGUUUCACGGAACAUCCAUUGAAAAUGCCUGGUCCAUUCUCAAUUUUGGACUGUGCACCCAUCCUGCCAUUCAAAAGAAUGGAGCGUUAAUGGGACCGGCCGUCUAUCUCUCGGACAAGUACGAUGUGGCCUACUUUUUUGCCACUCAAAAUGGCAGUGCCAAGUAUCUGCCCCGUGCCAUUUGGAGGGCGGCGCCGUCCUUUUGGAAUCUGCUCUCGUCACUGUCACCCAGUUUAGUGCAAUAUUUGCAAGAUCCCCAUGCGGCAGUCGACUUGACGUGCUAUGCCGUGGUGGAAUGUACCAUUGUUCAACCUCCAAAAAAGCAUGACGAUGAUCCACAUUUCAAUGGCACCAAACGGCGGGAUCACUAUUUUGCCGUGCCCAAUCCACAAGAUAUUCACAUGGAACAGAUGCAUCUGAUUUUGGAAUUUACCAAACGGCCGACGCUGAGUCCGUGGAUGGCGGCCUUGAUGGUCCUAGUGGUGGUGCUCGUGUGGAAACUUCCAGUCUUUUCUUGAAUACUGUGUGCGGGGUGGUACCGGUCGCUAGUACUGUAGCAGCCAGGGGAUGUGGGGACUUGAUAUUCAGCAGCUUUACGUACUAACUCGAGAGUCAGCACACAAGAUGCAUGUAGUGCGAGGCAAAAUUGAUCCUAGCUAGCUACUAGAUACAAACUACAGUACCAUGGCGUCGUUCCACCACUCUUAGGGAUGCUGCUGUUGGUAUCUGUGAUGGUAGCAGUAGUCAUUUCAUGUGUAGUACAGUAGUCUUCCCCAGGUGUGCAUGUAGUUGUGCUACCUUCUUGUGCAGCAGAAAAUCCAUUAAGGCUGGUAAGAAGGAACGAUUCAUCCAGGAGAAGCUUUCGGAAUCCAAAGCAAGUGGCAGCACCAAGACUGUUACUCCUCCAUUGAGAAACAACCAUCAUUGACAGAAGGAGCUGAAAAAAAGGGUAAGGCAAAGAGACUAAGUGGCUUAUACUUGUACCUUCCACUGAUUGACCACAGAAUCAAGGUUGCUGCAUUUUUGACUUGACAAAUUCAAUCCAUUUUAGGCAACCUUUGGUGUGACCAUGAUCUGCUCCCAGUACUGGUUCCCAAAUGGCAAGACACUCUUCAAAUUUCAACAAGGCUCCAGAAUAGUCACCCAUCCUAUACAUCAAGCCGC